AUGACUGAAUUCGUGCUUGCUCAGAUUCUGAUGGUCAACGUUGUAGCAAUUAACGUCUUCACCACGAUGUUCUUCAACACAAACUUCUCUUUUGCCAAGUCUGAUCGCGGUAUUCUACUGUGGUCCUUUGGUGUUCCUUUCAUCGGCGCGUUAAUUGCAGCACUGCUUGAGCAGUUCGGACCGAUGGAAAUAGUUUGCUUUUUCGACGCCGUAAAUGGCAGGGUUGCAAAUUUGGUACUAAUUACGAUCCCCAUCACAACAAUCAUGGUCGUCAACGUUCUGCUCUACAUUCUGACGUUCAUCAAGAUCCGUAUUGACGUGAGGGCUAUAAGACAAAAUCUUGGCAAUAUGGCGUCAACAGCUGGAAGGCAUAUAAGGGCUGCCCGCAAUAUGUCUAUGUUUGUGGUGGCUUUCUUCGUCCAAUGGUCAAGCCUUGUUCUAACUGGGGUUUGGUUCCUGCUUGCAGAUGAUGUAGCAGAUAUACCGGAGGUUUUGAAACACAUCGUUGGAAUUUUUACCAACCUUGGAGGUGUUCUGAAUUUGAUCGUUUACCUGGCAAUAUUUAGGAAAACAAGGCCUAUGUUAAAUAUGGCCACAGGUAUGGAACCGCCAAAAUCACACAAGGUCAGCGACAACAACAAAGAACCCGCUAAUGGUUCUGAGCAAGGAAAUGAAGAAUUCGAAUUUAACUAA